CACGGACCACAUUCUUAUCCUCAUCUUGCGCUGAAGCGAAGGCUGUCUGUUUUUUUUUUGCUUUUUUGACGGCACUCAACACGCCGUGCUGCCACUCACACCACCAUGAGUCAGUUCACCACCGGCUCCUCGGCCGACCUGGUCUCGCUCGUCUCGUCCAAUGCGAGCACGACCGUCUAUCCGUCGGACGAUGCGGUCCUCGCUCUACUCCAGCAGCGCUUCCGCAGCGACCAGCCGUACACGCGGCUCGCAUCAAGCACGCUCGUCGUCGUCAAUCCGCUCCGUAUGCUUGCCAACCUCAACGAGGCCAGCGCAGAGGCGUAUGCGCUCAAGUGCUACGCAGACACCAAGUGGGACCAGGAAAAGCGGACCAGCCCAAUCGACGUGCUACCGCCGCAUCCGUAUGAGCUCGCCGCUAGGGCGUACCAUGCCAUGCGCCGCACGAAAAAGUCGCAGGCGAUCGUGUACUCUGGCGCCACCGAGUCAGGAAAGUCGUUCACCUCUAAGCUCGUCACGUCGCAGCUCCUGCGGCUAUCCGCGUCGGCGACGAAGCGCGAGCGCAAGCUGGCCGAGCAGGUCAAAAACUUUGAUACAGUCCUCACCGCCUUUGGCUACGCCAAGACGCGCUCCAACGCCAAUGCCUCGCGCUUCAGCCGCUACUCGGAGCUGCACUAUACGACCGAGGGGCGCCUGUGCGGCGCGCAGGUGUUCACGUUCGGGCUCGACAAGCGGCGCAUGCACCGGCUCGCCAGCGAGGAGCGCACCUUCCACGUCUUCUACCAGAUCCUUGCGGGCGCGACGGCCGAAGAACGCGACGCGCUCCGCCUCGACGACGUCACGACAUACGACUUGCUCGCAUCAUCCGGCUGCUACCGCCUUCCCGGCGGGCCAUCGAGUGACGACUCGAUCAUGUUGGACGAGCUGCGAGCCGCGAUGAAGCAGCUCGGGUUCAAGUCCAAACACAUGACGUCCAUCUUUACUCUCCUCUCCGCCAUCCUCCUUCUCGGCAACCUCGCCUUCAGCGACCACAACGGUACCGAUGCAUCCUUCGAAGCUGCGCACAUCACCAACCCCGAUGUGCUCGCCGACGCCGCAGAUCUGCUCUGCGUCGACGCCGACGCCCUCCGCCAGGCGCUCACGCACCGGUCCCGCCUCGUCAAGCGUGAGCUCGUUACCAGCCUCCUCAACGCACAUGCUGCAGCUGCGCAGCGCGACGCUCUCAUGCGCGACCUCUACGCCACCCUCUUCGCAUUCAUCGUCGAGACGGCCAACCACAAGGUUGCGCCGACCGCUGCGUCCGCAGCCACAGGCGCAAGUGCAGCCGCGCCGCCUGCCGCUGAGGCGACCGCAACGCUCAUCGUGCAGCUCGACACGCCCGGCUACCAGAGCCGUGCCGGCAGCUCGGUCAGCGGGCCAGCCGCUGCGGCGGGAUCGGCAUCGUCGCAAGGGCUGCCAAGCCAGCACGAGGAGUUCUGCACCAAUUUGCUCGCGGAGAUUGUGCAGAACUGGCAGACGCGCCGCGUCUUUGACGAUGCGCUCCCGCCGAACGCCGCGAUCCUCGCUGACGGCGUCCCGCUCCCGCCCAUCAUCCCCGGCGGCGGCGCGGACAACACCGCGUGCGUCGAGCUGCUGCGCGGCAGCAGCGCCAUCGGCGCCAGCGUCGUGGACCGCAAGCCCGCUGGCAUUCUCGGCGCCAUGGACAAGGCCGUGCACCGCGUGCGCGCCGGCAAGAUGACCGAGGAGGCCGACGCGGCACUGCUCGUCGAGCUCGAUACGUUUGCCGUGCACGCCGCAUACGUCUCGUCGCACGCGCUCUACGCGCACAGCAACGCCGACCCGCAGUUAGGCGCCGGCCGUGGCCGCUUUGGCGUGCAGCACUACCAGGGUGACACAACGUACACGUCCGAGCACCUCGUCGAGCACGAGGUGGACGCGUUCGACGCGCAGUUCGUCAGCCUCCUCCGCGACAGCGCCGACGCCUUUGUCGCAAAGCUUUUCGCCGGCCCCAGCCUGGCGACCGAGCAGCACCCGCUCGACCCCAGCGUCAUCGCCAGUGCCCAGGUCACCGUGCGCCCGCUGCGCAAGAUCACGCAGCUGGACAACCCCCGCGCUGCAAGUACCGAGCCGCUGCUCGACCCGACCAAGAUGUACGGCGUCACCCGCCAACUGAACGCCACGCUCUCCGAGAUGCUGGGCGCGAUUGACCGCGCCGCCGCCGGGCUGGGGCAGGUCUGGUCAGUGCUGUGCAUCCGCCCCAACGACAUCUCGCAGGCCAACUCGUUCGACGUCCGCCGCGUCAGGAGCCAGGUCCGCGCGCUGCUCCUCCCGGACCUUAUCGCGCGCCGCCGCGCCGAGUUCGUCGCCACCUACACGCACGGCGACUUCUGCCUCCGCUACGCCGAGCUUGUUGUGCCCAUCGCCAUCGCGACCGGUGCGGAUGACGCCAAGGGCAAGAUUCAAGCAGUCGCCAUUGCCAACGCCUGGAGGGAGGGGCAGGACUACGCGAUCGGCGGCAGCAACGUCUGGCUCUCGUACGCCGUCUGGCGUAAGAUGGAGGAUCGCAUGCGCGCCACAGAAGUCGACAUGUACUCGUACCACCCUCCCAGCGCCGGCGCCGGCGCUGGCGACGAGGCCCGUUCGCCGAGCCUCUACCCACCGGGUAGCGGCAAGACGUCCCGCAUGCCUUCCUUCAACAGUAGCAGCAGCAAUGACGCCAAUGACAAGAACGGCUUGCGCAACCUGCGGGUCGACGAUCUGCCGCGCCAGCUGUCCAAUUCCUCUGAUCCCUUCCGCUCGCCCGCCGAUGGGCCCGGCGGAAAAGGUGAGGAUCAGGCAUUUUGGGGCGCGGCUGGUGUUGCUGGCGCUGGAGGUGAAUGGGAGCGCCAAGCAUACGGCGACGUCAAUCCAGGCAUGGCAGGUGCGCUAGAGAAGGAAGGCGAUCUGAAAGCCAAGCCACUCGACGCGAUCGAGGAGGAAGGCGGCGUAACUUCCGUUCGCAAAUGGUGGAAGCGCAUCGUCUGGACGCUUACCUGGUGGAUCCCGAGCUUCCUAUUAUCCAGCUGCGGCAGGAUGAAGCGCCCGGACGUCCGCUUCGCGUGGCGCGAGAAGACAGCGAUCUGCCUGCUCAUCCUCUUGUUCAAUGGCAUCAUCCUCUUCUACAUCAUCGCCUUCGGCCGCAUCCUCUGCCCCGACCAGAACAUUGCCUGGAACGAACAGCAGCUUAGCGCGUACGAACUGCCGGACAAGUUUUACGUUGCUGUCGCAGGCUCCGUCUACGAUAUCAGCAAGUUCUGGCGCGGCUCGCACUCGGAUUACGCCAGCAACUUUGCGCUGACCGACCAGGACACGCUCUCUAUGUUCGCCGGCAAGGACUUGACACUCUUCUUCCCCGUCCCACUGUCCGUUGGCUGCGCCGGCCUCGUGACGGACAACACCAUGCAGCUGCAGAACAACCCGAACAACACUAACAUCAUUAACGUAGUGCCCGGGCAGGCUGUGCACACCAGUGGCAACCUGCAGCAGGACAAGACGUCCAAGCUGGCCAAAGAUUCAUGGUACCCGGACCGGUUCCUGCCGUUCAUGCGCAAGUACUACAAGGGCCACUAUGUCUACAGCAAGAAGAAGAUCGCCGAGCAAGGCAGCUACAAAUACUGGGUCAUCGCCAAUCAGAAUGUUUACGAUCUGACCGACUACUUCUAUACCAUCUCCUACACGCCGCAGUCGACGCUGUACAGCUUCCUCGACAAAGACCUCACAGACCUUUUCAGGACGCAGCGCGGUUCGGAUGUCUCGAGCGAUUUCAACUUCAUUCUGGCCAGCAUGAACAGCACCACUCGGUCCGCCAACAUGGCCUGUCUCAACAACAACUUCCUCGUCGGCAAAGUCGACUACAGGGAGACGCCCAGGUGCCAGGUGCAGAAUUACCUACUCCUCGCCUUCUCCGCCAUCCUAGUCGCGACCAUCCUGGCAAAGUUCUUGGCCGCACUACAGCUGACACCGAAACGCAACCCAGAGCAGCAGGACAAGUUCGUUAUCUGCCAGGUGCCAUGCUACACCGAAGGUGAAGAGUCGUUGCGCAAGACGAUCGAUUCGCUCGCCGGCCUCAAAUACGACGACAAGCGCAAGCUGAUAUUCGUUAUCUGCGAUGGUAUGAUUGUCGGAAGCGGUAACGAGCUCCCUACGCCUCGCAUCGUGCUUGACAUCCUCGGCGUCGACCCUCGCAUUGAUCCUGAGCCUCUGAUGUUCAAGUCGAUUGCAGAUGGCUCCAAGCAGCUUAAUUAUGGCAAGGUCUACUCGGGUCUGUACGAAUUUGAAGGACAUGUCGUACCCUACAUUGUCGUCGUCAAGUGCGGGCGCCCCAGCGAGCGCGCACGCCCAGGAAACCGUGGCAAGCGCGACACACAGAUCAUGAUGAUGCGCUGGCUCAACCAUGUCCACUUUGACGCACCUAUGUCGCCUCUGGAGCUCGAGAUCACACAUCAGUGCAAAAACGUCAUUGGUAUUGACCCUGCUUUCUACGAGUACGUCCUGACCGUCGACGCCGAUACGUCCGUCGAGGAAGACUCGCUCAACCGCCUUGUCGCCGUCGCGGCUGAUGACUCGCGCAUCAUCGCUCUGUGCGGUGAGACCAAGCUAGACAACGAGGAGGGUUCUUGGUGGACCAUGAUCCAGGUGUAUGAAUACUUUAUCUCGCACAAUUUGGCCAAGGCAUUCGAGUCUCUCUUCGGCAGUGUCACAUGUCUUCCCGGAUGCUUCUCGCUCUACCGUGUUAGGAGCGCGGACAAAGGACGCCCGUUGUUCGUGUCCUCGCGCAUCAUUGACGACUAUAGCGAGAACAAGGUCGACACGUUGCACAAGAAGAAUCUACUUUCGCUUGGGGAGGACAGAUACCUGACCACUCUACUGUUGAAACAUUUCCCAGCGUUCAGGACCAAGUUCACGGCCGACGCUCACUCUCACACUUCGGCGCCCGAUCGCUGGGGCAUCUUGCUCUCUCAGCGUCGUCGAUGGAUCAACUCGACUGUUCACAACCUUGCUGAGCUGAUGCUCAUGGCUGAGCUCUGCGGGUUCUGCUUCUUCUCGAUGCGCUUCAUCGUGUUCAUCGACCUCCUUGGUACCAUCGCAGCGCCAGCAACGGUCAUUUACUUGAUAUACCUGAUCGUAGAGGUCACUACUGGUAACGGCCCCCUCCCGAUCAUUUCCAUCGUCAUGAUCGGCGCUGUCUAUGGUCUACAAGCAUUCAUCUUCUUGUUGAAACGGCAAUGGCAGUACAUUGGCUGGAUGGUUAUCUACAUUUUGGCAUACCCUGUCUGGUCCUUCUUCCUGCCAAUGUACUCCUUCUGGCACAUGGAUGACUUCUCGUGGGGAACAACGCGUAUCGUCGUCGGGGAGAAAGGCAACAAGAAAAUUGUCGCUGGUACAGACGAUGAGCCUUACCACGAUUCAAUGAUCCCACUCAAAAAGUUUAGCGAAUAUCAGCAGGAAGUCUGGGACAAAGGGUCGACCAGAACUGGCAUCACAAGCGCUAGCGGCUCUCCAUUCGCAAAUCCACCUCGGAUGCCAGGCUCGACACCGGGCAGCGUCUACAAGGGCAGCCACUACAGCCCAUCUCCAGCCGGGUCGGACUAUGGAGGCGACUUCUUCCAAAAUACCAACGUCCUCUCACACUCCAGGCAGGGCUCGAACCCCAAUUCUCUGCACACUGGCACGAUGGCGCCCUCACGGAUGCCGUCUAUGGGCUUCGGCGCCCCAACGACACCUGGCACGCCAUUCGCGUCCAUGUAUGCGCUGCCAAUGCAAGGCUCAAUGUACGGUGUUCCGUCGGGGCCGAUGGCGUCCAUGUACGGCAUGCCAUCCAUGUACAGUAUGCCAGCGGGUCCAGCUCCGAGCGCCCUCGGCAUGCAGCCCGUAUCUCAGGACUUGGGUGCCGCCUUGGCGCCCAGCAGGCCACAGUCGACGUUCAACCCCUUCGCAUCCCCUGCCGUCCCCCUGCCACCCAGUGCAAGCACCGAUCCUUCGGAUAUCGAGAUUACCCAGGCUGUUCGAACAUAUCUUGCGGCACAGCCGAGUCUGAUGAAUGUCACCAAACGUUCAGCAAGAGAGGCUGUGAUCGCCUCCUUCCCCAACGCCCCUUCAAUCGCGGAUCGCAAAGUACUCAUCAACAAGGCCAUCGACGACACUCUGCGUGGAGAUGCUUGAGCUCUAUUGCCCAUUGCAAAAUCACUUUCCCCCUCACAGCAAGUUCUUCCCUCCAAAGUCACGUUUGCACUUGCCCUCCUCGUACUGAUGUCGU